CCAAGAUGGCGUUUGUUUGGAUUGUGAUCUUGACUGUUGGAUUGAUUCAAGGCGUGUUUAUUAUCAGUAGCUUACAAACGUUAUUCCCUCGUGGUUCAAGAAAAAGUUGGCUGUAUAGGUUUCUGAAAGGAUUGCAGAUUACGCCUGUUCUUUUUAUAUUUGCUUCCGCAAUUUGGUUCUUCUUCUUAAAGAGUUUGCCCAUAGAAGUCGAUAACCCCUAUUCGUCCUUCAAAGGUGUUUGCUACAUCAUCACCGCUUGCUAUCUUUGGCUCAACAUGGUAUUCAACUACUUGGCGGCGAUGAUUGUUUCGCCAGGCUAUCCAGAAACACGGCAAGAGCUCGAAGAAGAUACAGAUAUCCAUCUGGAAUCGUUAAAGUUUUGUGCCAAGUGUACUCGUGUGCGUGACAAAGGGACUCACCAUUGUAGUUCGUGCAACUCUUGUGUGAUGUUAAUGUCGCAUCAUUGUCCGUUCACCAAUAACUGCGUUGGAUUGAAUAACUACGCUCACUUUUACUUGUUCCUAGUGUAUUGUUCCCUGGGGCUUUUGUUCGCUGCAUACUGUACUUACACGCCGUUUGUCGUUUGUAUGCUAGAUUACCCUUCCGAUUCACCUUCGUACACAGCUGGAAUCUGCGGUGAAUUUGGAGACUACGCCGUUAUGUUCCUUGUUGUAAGCUUCCUGUUUGCCUUUAUCUUGAUGUUGUGUUCCUUUCACACUUUUCUUCUCAUUGUAGACAUGUCCAUGAUCGACUUUUUAAAGACCUGUCAAAAAUUAACUUGUAAGGAAUGGUUUACAAACAUUUUAUUCGGCAGGUGCUUGCAACGAAAGAAAUUUUUGUUUCGUAAACUCUUGCUAUAUCGCAGAGAGAAUUUGUGGAAGUUUUUGAUACCAGGUUUUAACGAAAUACCUGAACUUCUUCCGCCCGAUGAUUUCUUAGUUUAAAUUUACUGUUCUCACAAGCUUUGCUCACAAGAAUGCCUCAAAAUGGUCUAGAAUAGCAGACCGAUCUAUCGUCUGGGGAACAGCAUUUGCAAUCCACUGGAUUCUUUAUUUUUAAAUGACUCUCAUGAUUGAUGACUUCUUUUCAGGUUGUGGAAGCAUCAAUCAUUGUUAAAAACAAUCCUAUCAGGGACCACUCCCACCUUGACAAUCGGGCUACUUAACUUUCGAAUUUUCAUUGUUAUUUUGAGUACUAACAGCGAAACAAGUAAAAAGGUCAUGAAAUGUCAAUAAGAAGCCUAAAGCUAAUGCAAUGCCUCUGGUUAUUUAUUUGGCUCAAGAAAAUUUUUAACUGUCGAAUUUCAAUGCCUUCUGGACAGUGCUUAAGAAAGUUUUAUCUGGAAGCAGUGAUGAUAACUCUUUCUUUGGAGAAAUAUGUUUUUCAUUUAGUUUUCAUUAAAAUGCCAGACUAAUGAGGGUACAGAAAACAGUUCUGCCCAAAUUCAUCUUAGUGUUUUUUGGUGUUAUUCUAAACAAAAUGUGUAGGAAAAAAAAUCAAAAAUAGAUGUGAUUUAUGAAAUCUUAGAUAUAUGAUUUAAAGAAUGAACAGGAAGUGCUCUCCAUUUGCAUGAAUUUGACUCAAAAAAGGAAAGUAAAGCUCAAGCUCUUUUUCGUUGGUUUUUUUUUGGGGUGAGACAGGCACAAGUUCUCUCAAUUUAAGAGUUUCUUUCUUUCUAUGGCCCUUCAGAUUAUUUUGGAUCAAAAAUUCACCUAUGAAAAAAA